ACCUCAGGAAAUGGGAAAGGCAAAGCAACUUCCAUAAAAAAAAAAUAAAAAAAAAAAUACCGGUAAUUCGAGAGCCGUCUAGCCUCCCAGCUGGCGGCCUGCCACCUGUAUCUUCUUUCAGCACCCAACAGCACCCAACUUUUUAUUCUCUUCGAAUGUCUUUGUUUUGUUUUUGGUUGAGCUCUCAAAUUCAGUUGGAAGUUUGAAUAUGGUGUCUAGUGUCACUCAAUCAGGCGCCGCGUGAGCUAGAGCCGUGAGCUCGAGCGAGGAAUCGGUUAGUCUUAGCAUCACUGUCUGCGUUUAUCGGACAUUAUUUCAUAAUGUCGGGUGUGACGCUUCAGAGCAGCUGUCUGCGGGGUCUGGCUGAAGGUGACCUCAUGGACCCUGAGUUCCAGCAGCGUGUAGAGGAUGCGAUUGCCCUUCUCCGGCAGGAGAUCCAGCGGGAACUGAAGAUCAAAGAGGCGGCUGAGCGGCUGCGACGCGCGGUGACCAACCGCAAAAAUGCUGCUGAUGUGGACGGUCAGCUUAGAGCCUCCAGCCGUAAGCUGGAGCAGCUCCACUGGGAGCUCCAGGAGCUGAAUGCGCGUGCUAUGGCCACACAGAAAGAGACCAUUACAGAUGAUGCCACCUCUCCAGAUCCAUGCCAAUGGAAAGAGGUCACAUCACCCUUGGGCAGCCGUGUCCGUACUUUGAAAAAACAGCUUACCAUGGAGCUUAAAGUGAAACAAGGAGCCGAGAACAUCAUUCAGACAUACGCCAACAGUUCUGUCAAGGAUCGGAAGAUGUUGUCCACAGCCCAGCAGAUGCUGCAGGAUAGCAAGACGAAAAUCGAGCUGCUCCGCAUGCAGAUUGUCAAAGUAACGCAGGCCAGAGAUGGAGAGCGAGAGACCACACAGCCAGAGGGUUUUUGUGCAGGUCGCCCCUCUGAAACAAUUAGUCCACUUGAACUGCGGCUGGAGGAGCUCAGGCACCAUCUGAAGAUUGAGGCAGCUGUGGCAGAAGGUGCUAAAAAUGUGGUCAAGCAGCUCGGUGUACGCAAAGUGCAGGACCGACGUGCUCUAGCAGAGGCUCAGGCCCGUCUGCAGGAGUCCUCUCAGAAACUGGACCUGUUACGUUUGUCUCUGGAGCAACGGCUUGGAGAACUUCCACUUGACCAUCCCAAACGAGCUGCUAUUAAAGAGGAGCUGACAGUGGGGUCCUCGCCUGUCAUUGGGUUGCAGAGAGAUUGUCUGCGCUCUUCAUCUUCAGCAUCCUCUUCGCUCUUCAAACCAGCCAGCCUGACAGGGCGACUGGAGGUCAGACUGAUGGGUUGUCAGGACCUGCUGGAGUCAGUUCCAGGUCGCUGUCGGAUAAGCAACAUGUCCUCCGCCCCUGGAAGUCCCUCUGAGUCCAAAUCACUGAGGAUGAGACCCGGCCUCUCCACUCGCAGCACCAACGGCAAGACCACCAAGACCGAUGAGCUCUCAUUGGAGAUCAGCGCUGUAUUGAAGGUGGAUAACAAGAUAGUUGGUCGCACACAUUGGCGGCCGCUGAGUAAGGAGGCCUGGAAUCAGAGCUUUAGCAUCGAACUCGAGCGGUCUCGGGAGCUGGAGAUUGCAGUGUACUGGCGAGACUGGAGGUCCCUGUGUGCUGUGAAGUUCUUGCGUUUAGAAGAUUUCCUAGACAACCAGCGGCACGGCAUGUGUCUUUAUCUAGAGCCACAGGGCACACUGUUCACAGAGGUGAGAUUCAACAAUCCUGUUAUUGAGCGGCAUCCUAAACUACAACGACAGAAGCGAAUUUUCCCAAAAGAAAAAGGGAAAAAUUUCCUGCGGGCAGCACAGAUGAAUAUGAACUUUGCCACUUGGGGGCGUUUAAUGAUGAGCGUGCUGCCCCCCUGCAACAGCACUGUCACCGCCUUGAGCCCGCCUCUGCCUGGUUCUGAGCUCAUGUCCCCUCCAUCUGUGUCCACGCCCCCUUCCUCUGGAGACUCGGCAGUUGUUAAACUGAAUUUCAGUGAGGAGCGUCCUGCCAAGCCCCCACGCCUCUACUUGGCACAGAACCCCGCGACUGACGCAUCACUUUCUGGGACUCUUGCCAAAGUGAAUUCUUCUGAGGAUAACCAAGUUCUCAUAGGCAGGCCUGUAUCCCAGCCUACACCUCAGAGGAAAGAGGGGAUGCAGAUGGAGGACUUCAACUGCAUUUCUGUUUUAGGAAGAGGGCACUUUGGAAAGGUCCUGCUGGCUGAAUUCAAAGGGACUGGGAAACUAUAUGCCAUCAAAGCUCUGAAGAAAGGGGAUGUUGUGACCCGGGAUGAAGUGGACAGUUUAAUGUGUGAGAAGAGAAUUUUCGAGACCAUCAAUGUGUCCCGUCAUCCUUUCCUGGUUAACCUGUAUGGGUGCUUCCAGACACUUGACCAUGUGUGCUUUGUGAUGGAGUAUUCACCUGGAGGAGACCUGAUGACCCACAUCCACAACAGCAUCUUCUCUGAACGGCAGGCUAGGUUUUAUUCUGCAUGUGUAUUACUAGGCCUGGAGUUCCUGCACCAAAACCGGAUUGUAUAUAGGGACCUAAAACUGGACAAUCUGUUAAUGGAUUCUGAUGGCUUCGUGAGAAUUGCAGAUUUUGGACUUUGCAAAGAAGGUAUGGGACAUGGCGAUCGUACGUCAACCUUUUGUGGCACCCCAGAGUUCCUGGCCCCAGAGGUUUUGACGGACAGCAUGUACACCCGUGCAGUGGACUGGUGGGGUUUGGGUGUGCUCAUCUAUGAGAUGCUAGUGGGAGAGUCUCCAUUCCCCGGUGAUGAUGAGGAGGAGGUGUUUGACAGCAUAGUGAACGAUGAAGUGCGCUACCCAAGGUUUAUGUCCCCUGAGUCAGUCUCUAUAAUACAAAAGUUGUUGCAGAAGAACCCUGAAAAACGACUGGGAGCAGGAGAGCAAGAUGCCAAUGAAGUGAAGAGACACAGGUUCUUCCAGGGCAUCGAAUGGGAAGCCCUGUUGGCCAAAAGAGUCAAACCUCCUUUCCUGCCGUCAAUUAAAGCCCCAGCAGACGUCAGUAACUUUGACGAGGAGUUCACGCGCUUGAAGCCUGUCCUGACCCCUCCGCAGACCCCGUUCUUCCUCACCGCCGAGCAGCAGGAGUUCUUUGCAGAUUUUGACUUCUCUGCCCUGCACUGACUUCCACUUGAUUACCCUCAGAAGGGGAUCUCCGUUUCUUUUCUCUCUGUCUUCUUUAUGCAAUUGUUCUCCAUUGAGAUAUGCAGUCGAAUCAAGCGAAGCUGGCCUCGUGUCACCCUUUAAAAGCUGCUGUUCGUGAAGCAGGCUGCAAAUGUGUGCUUAAGCUCCAAAGACAGUCCUGAUUGGACCGUAUGAUCACCCCUGAACUGUGCGCCCACCACUGUGAGUAAGCUCAGAUAUGCUCAGCUUUUAACUGCCCAUCCCUGAUAUUCAUAGUUAAGAUACAUGUAUGUUUUGCCGUUGGGUUAUACUGUUUAUCAUGUCAGUCUGACGAGCUGUUAAAAAAAAAAAAUAAAGUCUUCCUGUUACAAUGAAUUAUGAUGCCAAAAUAUACCUGCACUGUUGCUGAACAGAUAAUGAUUGUCAGAUUUAGAUGGAAGGACUGAAUGCUGUGCCAUUUUUAAGGAUUUCUGAUGUAGCGUAGAUCCAAGCGAUACAUGCGCCUGGAGCGUCUUAAGCUGCUUAAGUUCCAGACUGUAACUAUCGGCAUGUGUUCUCGGUGUUAGAUCAUGCAAAUUCCUCCACACUUAGUCUGCGUCAUGUAUGUUCAUGUUAAACCCUCACGUUUUGAUCUCUGGUUGUCCCUAAUCUGGAUUUGAUUUAGGAUUGGUGCCCCAGAUAAAUGUUGCUUAUUGAUUUUGGACCAGUUGUACUUGCAGACAUCUUGUGACUUUCGAUUGCAAACGGCGACUUUCUCUUUCUAGCCCUCCUCUGGAAAAAUCUAAUACUGCUGAAUUAGACCAAGCGUAUUCUACUCGAUGUCUUAGCAUGAUGCGGUUAGCACAUUAACUCACUAAGAUGAUAUUUAAACAUUGAUAUUGAUAUUCCGCUCUCUUUGUCAUGUUACAGAAGCUUAUUAUGUUGUUUGUUAUUUAAGGUGUUUGUCUGUAUUUUACUUUUGACUACAUCAUUGUAUCACUGUAAAUGUGGUUUACUACUGAUAACUUACACUGUGAACAAAACGACACUAAAAUAUUUAAAUGAAACUUGCUGUUUCUAUGAGCCACAUGAAGGACAAAUAUCUAAAUAAAUGUAAGGUAAGGGAUGAAUGUAUUUUCAGAAAUAAAAUACAAUGUGACCAA